AUGCCUACUUAUGCAAAGUUCAUGAAAGGCAUCAUUUCGAAGAGGCGAACCGCCAACACCAACCCGAUUAUUCUAACUAAAACUUGUAGUGCUAUUUUGCAGGGUAUGAAGAUUCCGAUAAAGAAGAAAGAUCGAGGAGUUGUUACCGUCCCUUGUACUAUUGGAGACAGGUCAUUCAACAAAGCCCUUAUUGAUCUAGGAGCUAGUGUGAGUCUCAUGUCGUUAUCCAUUUACAAGAAGCUUGGUAUAGGGGUUGUGCAAGAUACCAGGAUGACACUCCAAUUCACCGAUCACUCGAUCAAGAAACCGUAUGGUAUUGUUAAAGAUGUUUUGGUGAAAAUUGAAAAGUUUGUAUUUCUGGUUGAUUUUGUAAUUCUAGAAAUUCCAGAAGAUGAAGAGAUCCCUCUCAUUCUUGGUAGACCUUUUUUGGAGACGGGAAGGUGUGUAAUCAACAUAGAAUAA